UGUUGGUUGCGUGUCUCUCUGCAUGUUAAUGAUUCAUGUUUACAGCUCUGACACCAUCAUAACUGGGAGAAACAAGAGUCAAAGGUCCUAUCCACACAUCAGUACGAGAAAGCCCUCUAGAAAUCUCCCCAGUCAUGGGUGGACUAACAGGAUGGCUACUGCUACUGUGCUUUUUCUGCUCAGGCAAAGCUAAUUUAGCCCCCUCGAUCACCACUGUGGUUUAUGAAGUGUGUGAAGACACUCCCAUAGGAGUGGUUGCCUUUACAAUAGCAGCAUCAGACCCAGAAGGACAACCCCUGACUUAUUGGCUUAAUGCCCCCAGUGAUAAAUUCGAAGUUAAUCCAAGCACUGGGGCGGUGACAGUGAAAAGUACCCUUGAUAGAGAGGCUUCUAUCACAUUAAACCUCGAAGUCUCUGUCUCAGAUGGCGUAAAUCCUACUUCAGCAAAGCUAACCAUAAUAUUAGAAGAUGCCAAUGACAACAUCCCCCAGUUUAGUCUAUCUUCCUACGACAAACCAAUUAAUGAAAAUGCUGCUGUGGGUUCGACAGUGAUAAGGUAUCAAGCCAAUGAUCCUGAUCAAGGAGACGCUGGCAAUGUUAGAUACUCAAUUGUUGAAAUAACACCCGCACAUGGAUCUGAUUUGUUUGAAAUCGAUGAGAUUACUGGUGAUUUGAAAUUAAAGGGAAAGCUUGAUUACAACGAACUGAGCUCCUUUUAUCGGAUUACGAUUGAAGCAAAGGAUCGUGGAGGCUCUUGUUAUUCUUCAGAAACCACUUUCCAGUCAUCCAACACCAUCUCCUUCUUUACUGUUGUGGACAUCGCAGAUCUUGACCCGAUUUUCCUCACUGCUCCGUAUAUAGGAAGCAUUGAAGAGAAUUCCCCUGUGGACACAUCUGUGUUACAAGUGACAGCAAUAGAUCAGGACAAGGGAAUCAAUGAUGCAAUCAUCUACUCCAUUGAAGGUUCCACAGUUGCUGGUUUGUUCAAAAUCUCAUCAAAUGGCAUCAUAUCUGUAGCAACUGCGAUUGACAGAGAAGCUACUGGAGAUACUGUGACUCUGACUGUGAAGGCCACUGAGUCUAAACUUAACAUCAAUGGACAACCCGCCGCUGUGACAACAACCGUCCAGAUCAACAUCGGCGACGUCAAUGACAACCCACCCAAGUUUUACAAAUGUACAACGGACUGCGUGGAAAACACUCAGUUCACAGGCGAGGUCUUUGAACACUCUCUGGGCGCCAUUGACAUUGGAAUGACAGUCAAAGAUCCAGACAGACUUGUGCAAACUGAGCUAAGGCUGGACGGAGUGGAUAAGGAUGUGUUUUAUUUGGAACCCUCGCUGGCUCAAUCAGACAGCAUUGUUCAGCUUCUUGUCAAACAGCCUAAAAACCUGGAUUUUGAAGUUAAGACACAAAUGGUUGUUCAGGUGAUUGCUGUAGAUAAGAAAGAAGCAACCUUUCAGGCCACCGCCACAGUUACAAUAACAAUAAAGGACACCAAUGACAAUAUCCCCAAGUUCCCACAGAACACAUACAAGUUGAAUGUGGCUGAACAUUCUCCUGUUGGGACAGAGGUUACCACUCUCACAGCUGCAGAUCCCGACACAAUGGAUGCAGGCAAAAUCACCUACAGCCUUCUACCAGACAGCAUACUGGACUACUUUGAUGUUGAGAGCACCACAGGAAAAGUCUUUGUGAAAAACCAGAAUUUGCUGGAUCGUGAGCUCAGAUCUCUCUAUUCAGCUACUUUGCAAGCCAAGGACACGGAUGGAAAGCCCGGCACCGCGUUGCUGGAGAUCACUUUAACAGACAUUAAUGACAAGACGCCAGUCAUCAACAGACCCGAAUACACACAGUUUGUCAAAGAGGGUGGACAGCUUCAAGAAAAGAUAGAGGCUACAGAUGGAGAUGAAAUUGGUUCAGUAAACAGUGAAAUUGUAUUUAGUAUCAAAGACAGCCCACACAGUGCCAAAUUCACCAUUGAUCCAGUUACCGGCAUUUUAACAAACAAUGGUGCUCUGGAUCGCGAGGCUUUGGAUCCAGCAGCCAAUGGCAGAAUUGAACUCACUGUGAUAGCCACUGAUAAGGGGACACCCGCCCUAUCCAGCUCUGCCGCCGUUGUCAUCAAUGUGGAGGACAUCAAUGACAACAAGCCGGUAUUCAAAGAAAAGUCUUACAGUUUUUCUGUUAAAGAAGGGGAAAAAGGUGCAUUUGUGGGUUCUAUUCUAGCUACAGAUCAGGAUCAAACAGUUGAAUUCAACCGCAUUUCUUUCAGUAUCAUUGAAGGAAGCUUUGGCAGCUUCAUUGUUAGAACCUCUCUAGUGGAGGGGGGUUACCAGGGGAACAUCACGGUAGACCCAGACAUUGAGCUUGACUACGAAUCAGUACAAAAGAAAUACACACUGCGAAUAGAAGCUGCAGAUCUGGAGCAGGAGAAAGACUCAGUGACGGUGGAAGUUGAGGUUUUGGAUGUGAACGACGAAAGACCAGAGUUCCCAUCAACCCCAGUCGUUUCUGUGAAAGAGAACACCACCAUGAGUGAGCCUGUUGGGAAGUUCAUAGCACAUGAUAAAGACACCAACCAUUCUCUGGUCUACGAGCUGAUGUCUGUCAAAUGCAGAUGCAGUGAGGAAAUAAAAAACUGCAGCUGGUUUACCCUCGAUCCAUCUGGGGACGUUAGAGUCAAUCCAGCCCAGACUGUGGAUUACGAGGAAUGUGACCAGGCAGUGGUAGAGGCUCAAGUGGUGGAUGAGUACACAGAAAAGGGAGGGAACAACAGUCUUACACCAGGACAAUUGGUGAUUAACAUUGAAGACAUAAAUGACAACAUUCCUCAAUUCCAUUACCCAGACACUGUGUUUGUUGUGGUGUCAGAAAAAGCAAGCAAAGGAACAUCAGUUGCAGGAGUCACAGCUACAGAUCUGGACUCUGGGACAAACAGGCAGAUUAGUUUUAAAGUGGAUAAAGUUCUAUUCGAGCACAUGGAUAAAGACGAAACUUCUGACAUGGGAAUGCUUUUUGAAGCAGUCACAACACAACAAGAGGACAACUAUGUUGGUAUAAUUCAGAGUACACAAGGGCUUCAAAUUACCCUGAAAGGAAAAUAUUUGGUAUCAGUGAGUGCAACAGAUAGGGGCGGUCUCUCCUCCACCAUUGUCCUAGAGAUUUUCACCAUUGACGAAAGCUUCCACACCAUUCUACAGUUUAGAACUACUAAGGCAGAAGUGGAAGCCAAUCUCGAUGAGAUCACCAGGGAACUUACAGCAGCCACCAGCACUGUGAUUGAAAUUGUUGAAAUUACGGAGGUGGAUCCUCCAGUAUCUAGGAAUAUCGCGCAGUGUCUCAUGAAAGCAUAUUUCAUCUUCCUAAAUGGAACAGCUCUAAACUCUGUAGAAGUAGAAAAGAGGCUUUCUGCUCCUGGACAUUUUCCACAACUAAAUGCAUUGGGCCUGCUGAAUAUUGGCAAUGAACUUGAGGAAGAAAACAAAGCAGAUCCUGUGAGAUAUGCUCUGCUGGGAGUGUUGGCAGGCCUCAUCAUUGUGCUGGUUGUGCUCCUCACCUCGCUUUUGUGUACUCGCAGAAACUACAGAAGAAAGCUGAAAGCAGCGAACGCCAUGAAAUCUGCAUCUAUGAUGGAUGCUGAUAACCAGAAAGGUGGAGCCGUAGUGCCUGGAACCAAUAAGUACACCAUGGAAGGGGCCAACCCAGUGCUGAACCUCAACAUCGACACCAGUAUCGCCUUGGACUUGGAUUUGAAUGAGGAGAGCUCAGACAUGGACAAAGCCAGCCUCAACUCGCUUGACCUAGCUGAGAACAGUUAUGACAUGGAUGAAAUUGGCAGUGAUGAUGACAAUAGGAGUAAACAAGAAGAGCCACCAAACUACAGUGAGCCUCUGAGUGCAGCGCUGGCCCAGCUGGAUAAGAAAAACAGCAAAAACAACACUAAAAUUGGUAUUAGCAACCCGAUGUUUGACACGACAGAUCUGUAACUCAACCGUUUAGGAAUGUAAUAUCCAUUGAAAAUAUUAUGCAAACCAAAUCAAACGUACUUAUUGUCUUUGUUAAAGAAUUUUAAUAUGAUAAUAACUGUAAACAAAAGUUUUGACAGAAAAUUCUUGACUUUAUUUCAAAUUUUUUCUCAGGAAAAAAAAAGAAUAUGUAUAUAUAUUAGAAUUGCUUUAGAAUCAAUUUAUUUUUUCAUCAAACAUUGAAGAAGUUAGCGCUGGUCUUUGAGGUAUGUGCUAGACAUAAAUGACAAGUCCACAAAGCGCCUUGAUUGCUCAUUUUAUGUUUUUUUUUUGUAUUAAAUAUGCAGAAUAUAGAUUCCUACAGACAAAUACGGGUAAAAUACCAGGAGAAAAAGAAUAAUAAACACACAUCAAUGGGUCUGUAUUCAAGUUGUGGCAUGAAACUACAAAAGCAAAAUGUCUUUUCCCAAAAUUUCAAAUUCUUGUUAGCAUUUUUUUUACAGCAAAACAAGCAAAACAUCAUGUUUUAGUUGCACAUAAAAUCUCUUUAUUUCUUCAGUGUCUUAAGCAAUGGUGGCUUUUAUUUGCCCCAGGAUAAACUCAAUUAAAAGUCAAGUAAACACAGAAAGUUAAAUUUCCUGGCAACUGAUGCUUAGAAAUGAAUCCAAUUAAAAAGUACGAAAAUAAUAAAGUGCAAUGUCUGUCUAUGAUCACAACCCUUAUUUAUUGGUCCGUCAAAGUCUUUUUCUGAUUGUCUAUAUUUCCUUUGCGUUUGAUUCAUUUGCUGCCUGGAUACUUUUUGCAAAGCGCUGAUGAAAAAGUAUUUUAGUGCUUGUUGACAGCUUGAUGAAUGUAUUACUUUUGUAAUCUGUUAAUAAAAAUAGUUUGCUUAA